GGCAAAUCAGCUGACAGUGACAGCUCGAAAAUAUUUAAAAUUUCCUAAACAAUAGGCUUGUUUGGGUUUCAGAUUAAAAAAAUAUAUAUACCUAAUAUGUUUUUAACCGUAUAUUACACCUACUUUCUAACCAUAUAUCGUAAAAACCGGUAAAAUAUCAGUUCAUUAGCAUUUGAUUAAUUAAUUCUCAAUUACAUUAGUUUUUUAUAAAUUUAAAAAGCUGGUGACUUAAAUUGAAGAAAGCUUGUCCUAAAUACUUAGAAGAAAUAUAUUACAAUGAAUAAUACGGAAUCAGUGUAUGCCCUUAUUACCAGUUUAUGUGAAACAUUCUUUACAAGUCAGGAAAAAGUGAAGAAUUUAAGAUCGCAAUGUUAUGAGCUAUUGUUGAGGAAAAAGAUACCUAAGAAUCCAAGAAAGUUCCAAGAUGUAGAAGGAGCAACAGAACCAAUCAUAAAUUUAUUGGCUUGGUGUUACAAACUGAAACAACAGUAUGACUUUAUUGAAUGUGCAGAAGAAUUACAAACAAACGUAGAACUUUUACAAGAGAGUUAUGGACCUGAGAAAGCGAGCUUUGAGGCAGUUUUAACGUUCUUGUUAUGUCUGAAAGAUUUACCUAAGAAAAGAACCAACAAGUUGGAUUUAUCCACACUUCCCGAUAUAGAUGACCAAAUAUCUGACUUCAACGCUUUAUUCAAAUUUCCUUCCUCACUUCUUGAAGCUCCACCAAUGGACUAUCAAUCCUUCGAUAUGUUUAAGCUGUCUCAUAGAUCUGAGUCUGCUGAACUAAUAAAAAAGAAAUCAUCUCCACUUUUAAGUGAUUCAGAGGGCAAUAGUAUAUCCAACAAACAAUUACUAAAAGACGAAGGAUACUCGUCGCCCAAUAAAGAAAGUAUUUGGGAUCUCGUGACCCAGAUGUCGUUCUCGAAACAGCGUAACUGGGAAAAUUAUGGACAUGGCCCGCCCGAAAAGGAACGACCGUUUAUGUCUGAACUUGGCGAGCUCUCAUCAUUAUGGGUGGAGAAUUUGGACUCUUUAUAUUUAGCUAAUAACUUGCAUCCUAGUGUUACUGUUAUGAGCAGCAAGCUGAAACCCAGGAAGAUAUUUAUUCGGGACCUUAAGUAUUUAUUGGUUGGAAUGCCCUCUGAAACAUUUAACUUGAGCGCUAAAAAUGAAUUUUUCAAGACUCCUGGUAUAAUGCAGGAAGGAUUAGCGCCUGAUACAUUUGCGAGCUACUGUCAAAGUUUUAUUUUUGCUGGAACCUGCUAUAGGGCCUUAAAUCAAAUGGCCACUCCAGAUCCAAAUACCAGGAAGUAUAAGUAUGAUGGAUAUAUUUUUGCUGAACUGUGUGAAAGCAUCGCCCGCUAUCUCCAAUUCUUCAGGACGGCCAUUCUAGGAAUUCCAGAUGAAGUAACCUUCUUAAGAUUUCACGAGACAACUUAUAAAUUACAGGUACAAGUGUCGACUUUAGCGUCAAUUUGUAAAAUCGGCCCUUUUUCUUUCGAAUCGGGUGAAAUGCCCCAUGGAGUGGCAUUACUCAACUACUUAUAUCAGGAAAUAUUGGGGUUAAACGAUAAACAUCUUUGCAUGGUACUAUAUUCUAUAUUGUAUCCUUGCUGUCAAAUAUACUUUAGUCGAUUUUUGCAUCAGUGGUUAACCAAAGGGACCCUAAGCGAUCCUUAUGGAGAAUUUUUUGUUUCUCCAAACUUUAAAUAUUUAUCAUCCAGAGGCAGGAUUUUUUGGAUAAAAGGGUAUAGUGUUAAAGAAGAUAUUAUUCCAGAUUUCCUAAUUGAUUUGAAACACGAUAUUUUACUUUGUGGAAGAAUUAUGAAUUUCUUACAUAUAUGUGCACCUAUGAAUAAACUUUUUGUGUAUCUUAUGGGACAAAAUCGAUUUAUGUUGACUUGUUGUCUGACCCAUGAUAAAUUGACCAGUUUGGAGCAAAGUAUAUCGAAAUACUAUUUAGAGGCAUUGGCUGAGUGCGGUCCGAAGUUUAGCUUUUCAAAAGUUUUCGAAAGAGAUCGAGAGACCGACUUAAGCUACUUACAGCUUAUAGCUAAAAAACGAGCUACCACACUACGGAGAAUAGAGCUCGAACGACAAAAAGCAGCUGAAGAGUUACGUGAAAAGAAGCUAGAGGAGCUACUUAUGCUAAAAGAACAAUACGAAACUGCUUUAGAGGAAAAACAACUGAAAAUUUAUAAAGAAAUCGAAAGGGAAAUCAAAACUAUCCAAGAAGACUUGGAAAUUGAGCAAAUGAGGCAACAACUUAUCGAAAAUGAAGCGAAAAACAUGAUUGAUUACUAUAGCGAACUCCAUCGUGUCUCAGAGGAGCGCAAAGAGAAAAUCGAAAAUCACGUAAAGUGCAUUACGAAAAUUCAUAUCGACACCGGAAUCGGCGACAAGGAAUUUAAGUCUGCCGAAAGCAUUCCCGAAAAAAUCAACAGCUCUUCGGAAAGUUUCUAUUCGGUACCCAAUGACGUCCAAAUGGCAGAGAGCAUCGACCUGGAAUCAGAAAAAGGCGAUUUGCUGAAACAUUCUGAAUCUCAACGUAAAAUGCAUAGUUCUGAAUCGAUGGACGUUAUUAACGCUAAUGUGAGAACUGAAUUACUUGAAUGUAUUCCUGAGCAACAACGAACCGAAACUAAAGAAACAAUCAGCACCGUUAAUUCUAAUCCAACCAUUCAACAAACGAUCGAUAACUUCGAACUGGCUCGUAAAAUUAAGAAAAAAGUCCUUAAUCAAGAAUUAGGUAUUGCAAUAAGCGACUGGUCUCAAAACAGAGAGAAACCAAUUAAACCAGGGGUCACGUAUCCCAAUUUAACCGAGGCACAAAGAAAUAAAUUGAGGGUUUUAUCGUCCGAGUUUGGAAUUGAAAGUUUAAAAGACAACGUGAAGACUGAUCGGGUGAUAACGGUUGCUGUGGUGAAUCGGAAUAAAAUAAUGGGACAUAAUGAGUGUUUUAUUCCGAAUUACGGUGUGAAGACUGAUAAUGCGAGUUUUGUUAAUAAGAAUGUUAAAGAGGAUAUGCACCCAGAAAAAGGCGAAUCAAAGACUACCCAAGUUAAAAAAUCUGUAUCGCUUCAACUAGAUUUGAAUAAAACAAAAUCCGAUGGCGAAAAGCCAAUUCCGAUGUCCGUAGACUCUACUCCAAUGAGUGAUAUGCCGUUCAUUACGACACCGUUAAGCGAUUUACCAAGGAGCGUUACACCCAGUAGCAUGUUCUUAAGUACUGACACAAAAAUUGAUAGUUUUCCUACGACUGCUGACACCGGACUGACUGAGGAAGCUUUUAGUUUCCCGAGUAGUUUUUCCAGAUUAGGACGAAUAGAAUCGUUUCAGAAACCGGAGUCACACAUACCGAUAUUCUCAAAACGGGUACCAGCAGAAGAGGCCAAAAACAUCUCCAAAAAUUCCCUGAACUCCCUCAAUUUAUUUUUGCAUGAAAGUGUAAAUAUUCCUUUGCAAAUCCAGUUAAAAUUGGCAAACAACGAGAUUUUAAAGUACUUUAUCGACGAAUUAAAGUUCCUUAGACACUUGCAAAACAUUAGGGACUAUUUCUUUUUGCAAGAUGGGGAAUUUGGCAGGAGUAUUACGGAGAAUUUGUUUGAGAAGCUUUAUAGCGUCAAUUUUCCUUUAGAACUUAUUAAUUUCAGGACUCUACAACAUUUAGUGUUUAGUGCUCUGGAUAACUCUAACAAAAGCCCGGAGAAUGCCGGAAAUUUGUCAUUUAAGAUCAACAAUAACCCGAAAUGUUUCGACUUAGGAGAUCCAGAUGUAUUAAGCUGUAUUUCUUUAACAUAUAAAGUGCAAUGGCCUUUAAACGUUUUAUUGCCUUCAGAUGCUUUCGCUAAAUAUGAUCAGGUCUUUAAAUUUUUAUUGACAAUCAAUCGCAUAUCAUGGGUUCUGAAAAAAAUCUUUUUGGAACUAAAAAUGCUCGCAAAAGAAACUGGAAAUAAGGAAAUCUAUUUGAUGUCAUCCCCCCAAUAUCGUCAUUUACAUCAGUGUAGGCACGUAAUGUCCCAUUUUAUGCAAACCUUUCAAAACUAUAUCGUGGGUGAAGUCUUGCAACCGAGCUGGUCCAAUUUGGAAAAAGUGUUAAUGGGAGUCUCCACAAUCGACGAAUUAUAUAAUGCCCACAGUUAUUAUAUUAAGGACAUUAUGUUCAGGUGUCUACUAAAUCAAAAAUCUGCAGCCCUUAAAAGCCUUAUCAACAAAAUAUUCAUAGUGAUCUUAAAAUUUUUUCACUAUUUACGUUCCGGCCAGUGGAGUAAUGAAAAUGGUACCUACGUGCAUCCAAACUUCGAUAAACUGGAAAAAAUUUACAAGAAUUUCGAGGAGUUUGUUAUUUAUCUCUUUAGGACUAUAAGAAAAGUGGUGGGAAGUGGAUGCCAACCGCAGCUCAUUCAGUUUUUGGACGUAUUGGACGUUAACGAUUUUUACUCAAAAAAAUUGAAAAAGCAAAGAGAAAACAGUAGUUAGAAUAAAGGUUACCCUUCUGCGCAAUGGCGAAAGAUACUCAAUGGCGAUGCCAGGUGUUACUUACCUUCAUGCUGCCAGCCCGCGUGUUACAUUCACAAACACGAACGGCCUCCCGAAUGGCGAUGCCGCGUGUUACUUACCUCCAUGCGCGCCGGAUCGAUCUACAAAGCACCGCCAAGCCAGUAGGCGUGCAUUCCCACGUGGGGUAUAAAUGUACCCCAGGCUAUUCAAACAACUUUAUUUUUGAAAAACCGAUAAAAAAAUGUGGUUUAAAAGGCAGUAAAUAUUUACAAAUCUUUUAUUAACAGAAAAUAAAACUCUUCACAAAAAAUAAGCUUUUUUUGGGCAAAUAUGCAAGAAAAGAGAUGUAUGGGGUACAUUUGUACCCCACCCGGGAAGACGAAGGUUACUAAAAAGUUGUUUUUUAAAUUUUCAUUUUAUUUAUAUUCGUUAAACGUCUUCGAAUUAGACAAUAUAACCUUAAGAAUAAAAUAUAUGUACAUAACAACAAUAUAAUUGACAACUAAAUCCUUUCACAAAUUGAAAAGCAUUUUAUAGGUGUUUCCUUAAAAACGAACUAGGACAAGGUUAAGAUUUGUAACUUCGUUGAAAUAUUUGAUUUUUGAACCUAAUGGCUAAGAACGAAAAUAAGAAGCAAUAAUCAAAAGUAUUUAUUCAGAAACACCGGAAUUUUUUUUUUAUAUAUAUAAUUUCCAUGGGAACUUUGUAAUAUCAAUCAAUCAAUCAAUGCUUUAUUAUCAUAAAAUUUAAAAUUUUGUCGACAAAGCUAUUAUUUAAAUAAAUCAUACAAACAAAAUAUACACAAAGACAAAACAAAAAAUACAAAUAUAUAAAAAUAAAAAAUACAACAAAACAUACAAAAAACUUAACAAUUUUAUAAAUUGUUUAGGUCACAUUUCCUUAAAAUCUAUAAAAUAUAUAUACAUUCACUUGUAUACAAAGUCGGCAAAAGGCAGUUGUUUACAAAAACAUUAUUAGCAAACUACUAAUUUGUUUAUAUAAUAUACGAAUAUUAUUUAUGUACAUUAUCAUAACAACAUAAACAAAUUUACCAGUGUUUAGGAAGCGCGUGCUUAAAAUUACAUAACAUUAAUUAUUAAAAAAAGUCGUUUACUGUGUAUAAGGCUCUCUCCAGCAAGUAUGAUUUCAGAGCUUUCCGAAAUUUGGAAAAAGUUGUUAUUGAUUUGAUUUCAAAUGGGAGAUGAUUGUGCAUUUUUUUUGCAUUGUAAAGAAUGGAUCGUUUAACUAGUUCUGAUCGUGGGGUUGGUAGAUAAAGAUCGUACUCUGCGUUUCUAAGAGGAUAAUUGUGAGAUGGCCUUUCUGACAUAUCUGAUAAGUGCUUGCGGAUUAGGCAGACGGAUUCAAAUAUAAAUAAGGAAGGAAGAGUUAGUAUUUUAAAUUUUUUUUAAUAUUCCUGGCAGUGAGUUCUGUAAUUUACUCUUAAUGAAUAGCGGAUAGCUCUCUUUUGUAGCUUAAAUAUGCGUUCAAAUUGAGUCGCACCACACGUACCCCAAAACGGAAGGGCAUAUCGGAGGUGCGACUCAAACAGGGCAUAAUAAACUGUUAUAGCCGUUGCCAAACUUAGCUCCCUGGAUACUGAUCUCAGAGCAAAACAUGAACUUAAUUUUUUGGAUAAGUAAUCGAUGUGGAUAUCCCAUUUUAAAGAGUUCUCUACCAUCAGUCCCAAGAACUUUACGGAAUCAACGACCUCCAUUCUGUUGUUAUUAAUUACAAAAGGUUGCAACGCACCGCUAAAUGAUAAUACUCUAGUUUUUGAGACGUUAAGGCACAAGAGAUUUAAAUCGCACCACGAUUUAAUGGUGACUAGGUCACGAGAUAUGGUUCUACGAAGAGCCACCAUAUUUAAGUUGCUCCAAGAAAAACUAGUAUCGUCCGCAAAGAGACAAAUUUUACCAUUUAUGUCCAGAUUAGCAAUAUCAUUUAUAAAUAGAAGAAACAAAAUAGGGCCUAGAACUGAGCCCUGAGGUACCCCGCAUUCUAUUGGCUUGCACGAAGACGUCAUCGAAUCAAUCCUAACAAACUGGUUCCUGUUGUUUAGGUAUGACAUGAACCAUUCGAGAGGUGUUCCUCUAAUUCCAUAGUGCUGCAAUUUAUUAAUU